AACGUGAUAAUAUUUACAAUUAAAAACUUUUAUAAUUUAUAAUUAAAAUAUAUAUAAGCUUAUAAGGUUGUGCGUCUUGUCACGUUGGCAAUGAAAGGUCUAAGUUUUAAGCGUAAAAGUAGAGAGGGAAGUUGUUUUCUCUGAGAACAUUCACUCAGAGUCUUGGUAUUGAGUUAAAGUCGGCUUUUACCAAAGUCAAUCUCAACAGUCAUGUUUAAUGUUAUGUUCGCUUAUCUUAACACUAUUUUUUACUAGUUUACGCGGUCGAUAUUGAUCAAUAAUCAGCUGAUCAAUCAGUUGUUUUUUGUCGCCGAGAAAACCCGGGAGUGACAGCACAAAAAUUUGGGAAAAAGCCGGGCAAACAACUGACAGCGAUUUUUGUGAUUGAAUUUUCGUAACCUCUAUUUGUUCGAUGACUACCCAAAGUUAUACCAAAAAAACACAUCAAUGGGACUGGUUGGUAUAGUGGGUACGAGCACUGUACUGAUUCCGCUGAUUGCUCUGGGAUUGACGUACUAUCAAUACAACAGCGCGGAUCCAGAAUCACGCCCCACGGACGCUAAAGAGCUAUUUCUAGUCUAUGAUUUCAUCGUCGUAGGAGGCGGAAGCGCUGGAGCCGUGAUUGCCUCGAGGUUGUCGGAGGUUGCAAAUUGGACGGUGCUUCUUCUGGAGGCUGGCGGAGAUGAGAAUGAAGUUUCUGAUGUACCUGCCUUGGCUGUCUAUACCCAACUUUCUGAACUCGACUGGAAGUACCAGACCUCCGUGUCAAAUACCUCCGCGUAUUGUCUGGCGAUGAUUGGCGAUAAAUGCAAUUGGCCACGCGGAAAAGUUCUGGGAGGAAGCAGUGUCCUCAAUGCGAUGGUUUAUGUACGCGGAAAUCGGCACGACUAUGACAGCUGGGAAUCCCAAGGAAACAAAGGUUGGAGCUACGACGACGUCCUUCCUUACUUCAUAAAAUCAGAAGACAAUCGUAAUCCAUAUCUAGCAAAAACACCUUAUCACGGCACAGGCGGUCUGUUAACAGUCCAAGAACCAGCUUGGAGAACCCCAUUGUCAAUAGCAUUCAUCCAAGCGGGCCAGGAAUUGGGUUACACUUUCCGCGACAUAAACGGCGCGAACCAAACAGGAUUCAUGCUAACCCAAGCAACAAUAAGGCGCGGAAGCAGAUGUUCAACCGCGAAAGCGUUCUUGCGACCAGUCAAGAACCGCAAGAAUCUGCACAUUGCGAUGCACGCUCAGGUUCUCAAGCUAUUGUUCAACAAAGACAAGCGAGCCACUGGUGUUGAAUUCCUGCGAGAUGGAAGGAAGCAAUUCGCACAUGUACGUCGCGAAGUUAUUCUUUCAGCAGGCGCCAUAGGUUCUCCUCAAUUGCUGAUGCUGUCAGGAAUUGGACCAAGAGAGCACCUGGAUGAUCUGGGAAUCCCCAUCCUAUCUGAUCUUAGAGUUGGAGAUAACUUGCAGGACCACGUGGGUCUAGGCGGGCUGACAUUUUUGAUCGACGAGCCGAUAACUUUCAAAAAGUCACGCUUUCAGUCUUUUUCCGUUGCGAUGGAGUAUAUUUUGAAUGAACGCGGACCAAUGAGCAAUCCAGGGAUCGAGGCCGUUGCCUUCGUCAAUUCCAAGUUCGCUGAUCGAUCCAUCGACUGGCCAGACGUUCAAUUUCACUUCGGGCCAAGUUCAACCAGCUCUGACGACGGAGAUUACAUCAGAAAAGCCUGCAACUUGAGAGAUCGCGUGUACAAUGUGAUGUACAAGCCGCUGGAGAAAGCCGAAGUCUGGACGAUUCUUCCUUUGUUGCUCAGGCCCAAAAGCACCGGCUGGAUCCGACUCAAAAGCAGGAACCCCUUUGUUCAUCCUGAUAUCAAUCCCAAUUAUUUUGCAUACAAAGAAGAUAUUGAUAUUCUGGUUGACGCUAUAAGAAUCGCGAUGGAAGUCUCCAAUACUACGGCCUUCCAGAGGUUUGGAUCCCGGCCUCUCACUAUUCCGAUGCCCGGGUGUCAGCAUUUUGAGUUUGACACUUAUGAGUACUGGGAGUGCGCGAUAAGACACUUUACUUUUACAAUUUAUCAUCCAGCGGGGACAUGUAAAAUGGGACCUAGAAGUGAUCCUACUGCUGUUGUUGAUUCUAGAUUGAGGGUUUAUGGAGUUAGAGGGCUCAGAGUCGCGGAUGCUUCUAUUAUGCCCACUAUUGUCAGUGGAAAUCCUAAUGCUCCUGUUAUUAUGAUCGGGGAAAAGGUCAGCGAUAUGAUCAAAGAAGACUGGAGGGUUGGGAGGAGUUAUCGGUCGCGUGGAAGAUGAUUAAUAGAAAGAAAAAUUAUUUUUUUGACGCAAGAAAAUAUUUAGAAAAUUUUAUAGGCUUGUAAAAUAAUUUUA